UUUUCUAUGGAGUGUCGAGGGGGACUGAAAUAGUGCGGCUCCUCGCGCAUCAACCGGUCACAGACUGCACUGUAGAUUCCGGAGAAGUCCGAAAAAUGUUUCGUUCACGUCUAAGACAAGAGCUCCGGCUAGGUGACGCAGUUUUGCGUUUUCAGCGCUACAAAUCGGACACUGCGCGACCUUCCUUCACUCGCGAGCAGCAAAGUCAGGUGCUGUCGCUCCUGAAUAGCGGGUCCGAAAAAGAAUUGAAGAAAUACGUUGGCUUAAAGAAACUAAAACUUCUCAUGGACUAUCGGGAAAAAUUCGGCGCAUUCGACACCCUUGACAGCUUACUCGACAUGGAAGGUGUUCGCUCCACAGACUUCGACAAGCUCUGCACGAAGAUUUUGAUGUCGACAGAUAAAUCCCUGAUGAUUUUGAAAGGCAUCAGCCCGAAGCUUACUGAGAAGCGUCUCAAGGGAAUCAAGAUCGUUGCUUCAGUCGAUGUCGAUGCCUUCUUCGGGACGUACGUCACAAUGGACCUAGACGCCAAAGUAAUCGGAUGGGGCAGCUUCGUCCACUCGGAUGAGAGCGAUCGGAAAACGAAGAUCGGUCUAUAUGAAAUCUACACCAAAGCCGUGACCAUCUACGAGAAACUUCCAUCAGCCGACAUCUUCCUAAUGGAGAGCAAAUCCGAGAGACCGAAUGCUGCUUCGGUUUCAGAGAAAGAGCUGCAAACCAUGCUUUACACCAUGCUGAGUUUCGGCGAGCCGGAUCAGCCGAAAGUUGCUCAAAUCGCGGGGUUAGCCUUUUCGAACUAUUACAACCUCACCAUGGGAUCCGACCAAGUAUCGUGUCAAGAAACUUUUUUGAAGCUGGUCGACGACGCCAGAAUCACGUUGUCCGAUGAGCUCGGAACUCAUUACAAGCGACAAAAUGGCGUAUCUAGAGAAUUCUUGGCCCUCAACACGCUCCGGUGCUUAGCGUUUUUGAAGGCCACGAGAAUCUUGCGGAUGCGGAAGUCGUGA